GUGUCAGUUUGGUUGCGGCAACACCGCAUGUAGUUUAUUGUUAAUUACAUCACAUACAAGAAUCAAACUUGUUUUAGUCAAUAUAAAACUUGUGGUAACCUUCACGUUUAAAUUUCUUGUGCAAUUGAUCUUAAAAUACAAUUUCAAAAUGCAUUUAUUAUCCUCGAGACAGUGUCGAGGUGCGUACGAUAAUGAAUGUAUUCCAAAUGUCUGACACGGUGGUUCAAAAAACUUUUCCAACUUUUGAUGGCCGUUUUACUGAAGAUGUGCGAGAGCGGGACGAGGGAGAGUGACAAAGGCUACAGUUUUCGGGCCUUUAAGUAUGAAGAAAUUAAGCCCAAGAAUAAGCAAAGGCUUCCACAUCCGAGAAGUGGGCAUCGCAUAGGGGCUGACUCAACAAACUUCUACAGCUUUGGAGGGUACAACCCCACAAUACAUAGUGAGGAAGAUAUUAAUUUGGUGAAUUCAUACCCCUUGUUUCAAGAAUUAUGGAAGUUUAACUACUCUACGAGAAUGUGGAGCAAAUUUAAGAUAUCAGGGAGUCUACCAUUGGAGCUGGCUUCUAAUGCAUUGGUGCUACAUAGGAAUUACUUGAUGGUAUAUGUUUGUGUCUAUGGUGGAACAGGGUCUCCAUUUGGUUUCCGGUGUAGCAACCAAUUGUAUGUGUGUAGGGUAAACGAAGAGAAUGACCCCAUGCUGGAAAUUCAAACAACGGGUCAAUGGCCUUUGCCGUUGUACGGCCAGGCGCUAGUUCACCAUAACGACUAUCUCUACACGAUAGGUGGCACCACCGGUCUCUCUUACACAUGUGAUAUUCAUAGAUUAUAUAUGAAGACAAUGACUUGGGAGAUAGUGUACCUUUGCAGCGGCAAAGGUGACUACGAGCCCGAGGGUAGAUACAGACACGAAGUGAGCUUCGACGGCAAGCAAAUCUACGUACUGGGCGGCGGGACCGCAGACACGGCGUACGAUUUGCAGUGCAUACCCACCUUUAAUGUCGAGAAGAAAUGCUGGAAAAAACUGCCGACAAUCAGGGACCCACACAAAGGUGUGCCAGCCCCACGACGUUGCCACGGCACAGUCCAAAUAAAUAGCGACCCGGGCGUGCAGGUGUUCGUCACGGGCGGCCACGACGGCGAAAACGUCUUCAACGACCUCUGGCGGCUAGACUUGGCAACGAUGCAGUGGACCUGCUUCGACUUCUGCCAGCUCCCAAUCAGAACGUAUUUUCACGCUACUGCCGUAUCGCCAGAGGGCAGGAUCUACGUUUUCGGCGGGAUAAACACAAUAAACGACAACGUUGUGAGAAAUAACUUGAUUUAUUCGACCUGGUUGUGUAUCCCGAAGCUUAGCGAAAUGUGUUGGGAGGCGGUGUUGCAUUAUAGUCCCAAUAUAGUGAAAUCAAAGCAGGAAGAUUUGAUCGACAUUGGGUUGCCCAGGCAUUUUAUACAAAGACUAGGCAAGAAGGACAAAACUGCAAAGAGUGCCUAAAUUUAAGUGUACAAAUUGUUUUAUUUACCAACAUUAAUUGCAGUUAAUUACCACGAUUACCAACUCUAGUCACUAAUGAAGUUUUUGGGUUGGUUUUUUAUUGCAAUACAGAAAUACUCUAUUAAUUUAUUGAAUUUACAAAGAAUGUAUUAUGCAUACAUACAUGUAUACAUAUAUGUAAUUCCCUGAAAUAUAUGAUUUAUCGCCGUUUAUGUUUGAUUUUUAUUUAAUAAAACUAAUUAAAA